AUGAUCAUCGCUGUCGCCAAUGAAUCAAUUUCUCAACGAAGAAGAAUCCUUCUAGAACGCUCAAGUUCGUCGUCGGGUUGUAGUUCGUCAGCUACCUGUGAGCUGUACGAUCUGGCCACGGCGCACGCACUUCUUGCCCGGCAACAGCAGCUGAUCCAACAAGCAAAUUUUCCACUGAUUUCGUCGGCGGAGCUCGUUCAACAGCUGGCUCAUCAUCAGCAACUGCAACAAUUGCAGCAUCACAUACAAGGAAUUGUGCACCAUAAUCUAGUUGGCGACAUGGCACUCGUGUCGCAUCCGGCGACAGCGGCCGCAGUUGGCGCUGCGCCAAUGUAUGCCGGUAACGUUGUGAAACAGGAGAAGAAAUCCCAAGUACCGACACCACAUCAAGUACUGCAAAUGCAACAACAGCAAUUACCACAGAGAUCUACUCUUCACUCCAGUCCAUUUGUGGCCAGUAUCAUUUUCCCGCUGUUGAUGGGUACCAAAUUGUAA